ACCCAGGCUGCCUCCAGCCUAGGGGCGAGGUCUGUCUGUCUUCGCCAUGCUCCGCUCGGGCUCGCUGCGGUUGAGGAGCCUUGCGCUGCGGGGCUCCCCCGGGCGCUGGACCGCCGCCGGCUUCCGGGAAGGACAAGAAAGCCCAUCCUCACCCCCAGAAUGGAAGGACAAAGCAGAGACCGUGAUCAUUGGAGGAGGCUGUGUGGGCGUGAGUCUGGCUUAUCAUCUGGCCAAGGCAGGAAUGAAAGAUGUGGUCCUGCUGGAGAAGUCGGAGCUCACAGCUGGCUCUACCUGGCACGCAGCAGGUUUAACAACUUACUUUCACCCUGGGAUAAACCUAAAGAAAAUACAUUAUGACAGCAUCAAACUUUACGAGCGGCUGGAAGAAGAAACUGGACAGGUGGUGGGAUUCCAUCAACCGGGUAGCAUCAGGCUUGCUACAACUCCUGUAAGAGUAGAUGAAUUCAAAUAUCAAAUGACACGGACCAACUGGCAUGCAACAGAACAGUAUAUUAUUGAGCCUGAAAAAAUCCAAGAGAUGUUCCCUUUACUCAACAUAAACAAGAUUUUGGCCGGACUAUAUAACCCAGGAGAUGGUCACAUCGAUCCUUAUUCUCUGACAAUGGCCCUGGCUGCUGGGGCUAGGAAAUAUGGGGCCCUUCUAAAGUAUCCUGCACCAGUGACAUCUCUGAAGCUCAGGGAAGAUGGAACAUGGGAUGUCGAGACGCCACAAGGAUCAGUGAGAGCAAACAGAAUUGUGAAUGCUGCUGGAUUUUGGGCUCGUGAAGUGGGUAAAAUGAUUGGACUGGAGCAUCCCCUCAUCCCUGUGCAGCAUCAGUAUGUCGUCACAUCCACAAUACCAGAAGUGAAGGCUUUGAAACGAGAGCUCCCAGUGCUUCGUGACCUGGAGGGAUCCUACUACCUCCGACAGGAAAGGGAUGGGCUUUUGUUUGGUCCCUACGAAAGUCAGGAGAAGAUGAAACUUCAAGCCUCCUGGGUGGCUCAUGGAGUCCCUCCAGGCUUCGGAAAGGAACUUUUUGAGUCUGACCUGGACCGAAUCAUGGACCAUCUGGAGGCUGCCAUGGACAUGAUUCCUGUUUUGAAAAAGGCGGAUAUCAUCAAUAUCGUCAAUGGCCCUAUCACCUACUCCCCCGACAUUCUGCCUAUGGUGGGGCCCCACCAGGGAGUCAGAAAUUACUGGGUGGCCAUUGGCUUUGGAUACGGCAUAAUCCACGCUGGUGGGGUAGGGAAGUACCUCAGUGACUGGAUUUUGCAUGGAGAACCUCCUUUUGACCUGAUAGAACUGGAUCCCAAUCGCUAUGGCAAAUGGACAACAACACAGUACACUGAGGCCAAAGCCAGAGAAUCAUAUGGGUUCAACAACAUCGUCGGUUAUCCCAAAGAAGAACGGUUUGCUGGGAGGCCAACCCAGAGAGUCAGUGGGCUCUACAAAAUCCUGAAGUCCAAGUGCUCCAUGGGCUUCCAUGCUGGCUGGGAGCAGCCACACUGGUUCUACAAACCCGGCCAGGACACUCAGUAUAGGCCAAGUUUCCGCCGCACAAACUGGUUUGAGCCAGUGGGCUCUGAGUACAAACAGGUUAUGCAAAGAGUUGGUGUGAUUGACCUGUCUCCAUUUGGCAAGUUCAGCAUCAAAGGCCAAGAUUCCACCCGACUUCUGGACCAUCUCUUUGCAAAUGUCAUUCCCAAGGUGGGUUUUACAAACAUUAGUCACAUGUUGACACACAAAGGUCAAGUGUAUGCUGAGCUGACCGUUUCCCACCAGUCUCCUGGGGAGUUCCUGCUGAUCACUGGCUCUGGGUCGGAACUUCAUGAUCUUAGAUGGAUUGAAGAAGUGGCCAUAAGAGGUGGAUAUGAUGUUGAAAUUCAAAACAUAACAGAUGAGCUUGGAGUCCUGGGAGUUGCAGGGCCAUAUGCAAGGAGAGUCCUUCAGAAGCUGACCUCAGAAGACCUCAGCGAUGAUGUUUUCAAGUUUCUCCAAACCAAGCCUUUAAAGUUCUCCGGCAUUCCUGUCACUGCUAUCAGGAUCUCUUAUACUGGUGAGCUGGGAUGGGAGCUGUACCACAGAAAAGAAGAUUCCGCAGCACUUUAUGAGCUUAUCAUGAACACGGGCCAGCAGGAGGGGAUCGACAAUUUUGGAACAUAUGCCCUGAAUGCCUUAAGACUGGAGAAGGCUUUCCGAGCCUGGGGGUCAGAGAUGAACUGUGAUACAAACCCCAUGGAAGCUGGACUGGAAGGUUUUAUCAGGCUGAAUAAGCCAGCUGACUUCAUAGGAAAGCAGGCACUGAAGCAGAUUAAAGCCAAGGGGCUGACACGGAAACUGGUUUGCCUCACCUUGGAAACAGAGGAUGUGGAUCCAGAGGGAAAUGAAAGCAUUUGGUACAAGGGCAAGGUGGUUGGCAACACAACAUCCGGAAGCUAUAGCUACGGCAUCCAGAAGAGCCUGGCUUUUGCUUAUGUCCCAGUAGAGCUCAGUGAAGUGGGGCAGCAAGUGGAGGUUGAACUACUGGGUAAAAAUUACCCAGCAACCAUCAUACAAGAACCCCUGGUACUCACGGAACCUGCUAGAACCAGGCUUCAGAGAGAUGGUAGAAAGACAAAACUUGAAAAGGACCCGUUCCAGACAGCCAAGCUGUAGCUGAUAGGACUGCCCUCAAGUCUCACUCCUACCAGGAGAGAAGUGGCCAAGACAUCAUUUCAAAAUCAUCAAGAUCUAGCUCAUUAUUUUAGUAAAAACCUUUUAAUUGUUUCAUAAACACGAUGGUUUGAAGAAUUGUGCUGUUCUUUCAAAUGAAGAUUUUAAAAUGAACACUUUUUAUUACCCCAAGCUGAUGUUUAUGAAACCCAAUCAGGGAAACAUUAGGUGUUUGACAAUAUAAAAUCAUGAUUCUAAUGGAAUCAAAGGACUGUGAUUUUAGGAACAGAGUAUGUCGGCUGAUAGCUGAAAACAAGUGAAUAAAUUAUCUUUUACAUAAAAAGAUACAAUGACAUGGA